AUGAAACGCAGUGCUUAUAAGAGCAGUACCAAACAAGUAAUAUUUAAAGUGUUUAGAGUGUAUGGGCGAAAAUUCGGCCAUACACUCUUGGAGAAAGCGGGAAAGUUUCUUUCUGAUUUAGACGAUGUUUACGGUCGAACAGCAAAGAUAACUGGUGUAUCUGAAAGCACAAAUCGGCGCAUAGUGGACGACGAUGAAUAUUUUGCCUGUGGAGGAUCUCUGUAUAAUGAUAUAGACAAACUUGUCAUCUCAGUAAAUGAUGAUAGUUCCAGUGAAUCUGAAGAGUCAGAAAUGGACCAAUUUAAUUACGCAGGAGCUUCAGGCAACAUUUCAGGAGUUGAAUACCUCGACUCAGAUUAA